GAAAAGCGAGAAGGAAGCAACGAACAGAGCAGAUUCCGCGGCGGAGUUGGUAGAGGAGGAGGGUUUGAUCUGCGGCGGCCAUGGAGAACCUGGCGAUGCUGUGGGGGAUCAUCGGGCCGGGCGUCUCCGGCGCGCUCUUCGGCGCCGGCUGGUGGUUCUGGGUGGACGCCGUCGUCUGCAGCGCCGUCAAGGUCUCCUUCAUCCACUACCUGCCCGGGAUCUUCGCGUCGGUGUCCGCGCUCAUGUUCAAUUGCGUCAGCAAGGAGGACCUCGGGGGCGACUACUACUCGGCCUAUGGCGGCGGGGAUGAUAACGAGUGGAGGGCGAAGCUUUGGCUUUUCAUUGCGUAUGUUGUUUCCUUCGUCUGCCUAGCUGCAUCGGUGGGUUUGCUGGUGCAAGAUGCCUUGACUGACAAGGGCCCUUCCGUGUGGACUGGUGUCGCUGGUGUUCUGCAGUGUGUUUUUGUGUUGAUAAGUGGGCUGACCUACUGGACGUGCCACUCUUCUGACGAUUAAGCGGUCAAAUAUGUUCUGAGAAGACUUGGAAGGUUGGUCAAAAUCUAUGUGGGUUAAGGGUCAAAAUGUUCCGAGCAGACUUGGAAGGUUGGUCAACAUCUCGCGAAGACGUCUUGUCUACCAGUGUGUGGUUCUGUGUAAAUUAUGUGUCCACUUCGUGGCGGGGAGACUGGUUGCGUACUGUGUGAAUAACUGACUGCUUCCUGAAAUGAUCCGUAGCAUCAGUACGCUACGUGUUUAUCCUAAUUUGUUGUGAACUGCUGCUUGCCUUGAGGUUAGAAUUUACUAUAAGUUGGAUCACGAGCUGCCUGCAGCAAAUCGUUAUUGUCAAACCUCUUUAGUACUGGAAUUCAGUUGACUCAAUUGUUAAAGCAGAUGGGCGGUUGCUUGUA